AUGACGCCCCCCUGCCAAUCCUUCAAAGCCAAAGCCCUCCCGACACACAUCCAAGUCGGCCCCGACCACCGCGUCCGCAAGACUUCUUCCGGUGAGCGGAUCGAUCUGCUCCGGGACUGCAGCGAGCUCUUCGGGUUGAUGCAGUAUGAUUGCCAGGUGCGCGAUCCGGAGCUGAGGGAGAGCCAGAUUGAGUGUUGGCCUGUUCAGCGGUUAUUUCGGAGGUGCAAGGACAAAAAUGGGCCGUUCACGGUUGAGACCACGGCUUGGGAAGGGACAGCCGCGGCACAAGCAGCAGCAGCGUCAUCGGUAGCUAACGGCAAAGCCAAAGCGACAUCGGCUAGCAACAAACGGUCACUAGUUGAACAGGAGCAGCAGCAGAUCGAUCAUCGCACAUGGGGCAGAGAGGAUGAUAAGGAGGAUAGAUGGUGGAAUAGAAAGAAGCAGUGA